GAACACUAUAAAAGAGAGGAAACCCGGCGAAUUUUCUCAUUUGAUUUUUUGGGAAGAAGAAGAUGGACUACAAUCUGGCAGCACUGAAAGUGUUUUGCUCACAGCUAAACAACGCCAAAGCAACCACAACACAACAAUCACAGGCAGCUUUCACUCUCUCCGGCAUUCUCUUUCAGCGUGUUUGGCUCCAGGGUAUUCUGGUUUCAACACCGACUACUGACUCCUCCGGCCGAUUCCUCCUCGACGAUGGCACAGGGGUCAUUGAAAUCCAACUUCUCAGCGACUUCCUCACACUUUCUUGGGUGAAAGGAAUGUAUGUUAUGGUUGUUGGACUGUAUUUUGUCCAAAAAGGCAGCCUCCCUUUAGUUAAGAUACACAAAAUUGUUGAUCUUUCACCAUUUCCUGACCGAGAAUCAAUGUGGUACCUAGAAGUUAUUGAGGUAUUUAAACUCUUCUACCAACCUCUAUUUGAAGAGUAAUAAA